AUGCAGUCUAGAAUGACCGCGUACCUUAAGUCAUAUCUUCAACAACAUCACUUACCGUGGCGAGCUGUGCAUACAGUGUGUGAAAUGAAAAAGUCAAUGAAGUAUAACAUGAAGGAGUUUAUUCACCUUCUGAGAAUAUGGGAUAUUGUUUUACAAUUCCCAAACAGCGCAAUUGAAACUCAUAUUUUAAGACUGAUGAAUGCUCAGGUAAAAUUUGAUACUAUUGACCCACAAAGUACUCAUUCAAGUACAGAAAUUAUUCCCGAGAGUGAAAUUGACACUUGUUUCCUAAAUGUGUCGAAUACCUAA